CCUAUCCGUGGUUGCUUGCUGCACGAACCAAGCGACCGUUUCCCGAAAACGUUCUCCACCGGCGUGAAUUGACAAAUUACUCCUUUUGGAUUCCUCUUUUCCUCCUUUUACUGCGUCGCUUCUGAUCUUCUGGUUAUCCUCGUGCUUCUGGCACACGGAAACUUGAUCUUGCUCCAAACCCCAGGAAGAACGUGGGCGUCUGACUCGUCUUCCUUGUUUUUAUCACGGCCUUCGCACGGACUGAGUGUCCAAGUGAUCGUCUUGACGGGAGUGAGAAGGAGCUAUAACUGAGAUUUUCUGGACACUGGGUUAUGGGAUUAUUGGCAUGAUCGGUUAGGAACGAAACCUAUUUACUGGCUUUGACGGUCUCCGGGAACCCCGGACGAUCCUCAGCUGGAAUACGGCUAGUUGAGGCGACUUUUAGCAGGAUUGCAGUUGGUGUGUAUCUGUUGCUACUGCUGCGGCCGAUAGGAUGGCAGGAGCAGCUACUGCAACGUACACCACAGAGGCUUUCAUGUCUCCUGGCAUGAAUGGCAGCCAGCAUUGGGACUAUGCGGUGCCAAUUGGCCCCGAGAACCACAACAAGGCGCGGAACUCGAAUGAUUCGAACCACGUAUACGGGAAAUCGAACCGGGCAGUCUCUCGCAGUUCUUCGCGACGUUCGAAGCGUGCUCGCGCGAGAGGAGAUACCGGUGAGAGCCGACCCGUCUACGAUGGGGAUGGCCCACUGGACUCCUACAGACGCGACUCGUCUGCAAGUAAAAACGCGGUGAAUGGGUUAGAUUCUGCAGGGCACCAGAAUGGCUCGAAGAAAGGUCACUACGCGGAUGGUAUGAAUGGACCGUAUACAGAAGAGGAAAUGAAUGAUGAAUAUUGGAUCCAUCGUGACAAGCUGGCAAAGAUCGAGAGCGAGGAACUGCAGCAGGCCGCGAUCAGGUUCCAGCGUCAGGCGCGAGCUGGUAGCAAGUCCAGCAGUAGACGAGGCCGGAGCCAUGAUCGCAACAGCAAUGGCGUGAACGGUUCUCUCGUGACGACGCCGCAAGCGAUAGAGCAUACCGAGCCGUGGCCCAACAUUCGUGAUGAGAAACCGUCGGACUUCGACUUCUGGGGCAAUGUCGGGAAUGAACCGACAGAGGAGGAGAGGCAGAAUUGGGAUCUUCGUCGUCCGGAGGAGAUCGCUGCGGACCAAGAAGCAGAGUCCUAUGAGGACGGAGCAUCCAAGAUGUAUCGAAACCCCGGGUUGAGGAAGAGUUCGUCACGGAUACCAGUCCUGGCUACCAGCCCAGCGCCGAUCUCGCAGGAGCAUAUAGAACGUGAGUUUCCUUUACUACGCCGACGUACCCAGGGCAGUGCGGAUGCAGAUAGUAUAUCCUAUCCGAAGCCCGCUCGAUCAAGCGAGUCGCCUGAAAUUGACACACCUGAAGCUAUCCCAACCGUCGAAACCACUACUCCUCCCCUCAGCACCAGCCGGCCCGUCAGUCGCGGCGUGUCGACGCAGAACUCUCCAGUGAAGAAGACGCCGGGCAAGACAUCGCCCUCCGGCUCUGGAACACGGAAGACGUCCGGUCAGCCGGCCACGAAGAAGACGCCACAGAAGUCGAGGGCAACAUCCGGCAGCAGUACGCGGCCGACGACCAGAGGGGGAGAAGUCAGACCGACGACUGCCGUCAACCGCCCCGAAGGCGAUCCUCCAUGGCUUGCGACGAUGUACAAGCCAGACCCUCGUCUUCCUCCGGAACAGCAGAUGCUCCCGACUCAUGCGAAGAGGAUGCAGCAAGAGCAAUGGGAGAAAGAAGGCAAGACGCCGUCUACAUAUGAUCGUGAAUUCGGUCCCUUGGCGGUUCGAUCCGACGAUAACAAACCGCCGCGAGUCAGCCCGGAACCGGCCAAGUCCAACUCGGAACAGGAGAAGUCUCCAGGAUCAGAAGCGGAGUCGCCAGCAUGGCCGCUCAAGUCUAAGAGCCCCGAGCCGAACCCUCUGACCAGACCGCCUACUGGCGGAACUGGAUACAGUGCGAUGCCGAAGGUGCAGACCACGCCGCCGAUCGGUAUCGCGCCCUCCCCGAGGGCGAACCCCCCCUGGCCCGAGCCCGAGCCCGAGAAGCCGACCAAGAAGGGCUGCGGCUGCUGCAUCGUUAUGUGAACUACAUUAUCGCGGCAUGGGUUCUUCAUUAUACCCCCGACUUUCGCUCUUUUAUCUAUCGUCAUCUCCAUUUUCAUAAGCGGAGCUCUGCGUCUCCAUUCUUGCUGGUCUGGGUCUUUCAACUUGUGCAUUCAGCGUGUUUGGGAUGA